AUGGCGCUGGGCUCUCGCCAAGGCUGCCGCUGGUGCGGCCGCGCCGCCCUGGGACAGCCGAGGCGGCGGCGAGUCCCGGAGCCGGCUGGGUGCUCGGCGCGGCCGUACUCGGAGGGCGGCGGUGCUUCCGAGGCGGCGGGUGGGGCGGAGCUGCUGGAGGUGUGCUGGCGGCGGCUUUUCCUACGGGGCGGCUCGGGGCCGCUGCCCUGGAGCGCUUACCUGAGCGGCCGCCACCCCGGCUUCGGGCCGCUGGGCGCGGCGCUGCGCGCUAACCUGGCGGCGCAGUGGUGGGACUCGGCGCUGCCCGUGCGGGAGCAGGUGUUCCCCGUGGAUGCCCCGCUCCACGGCCCGCCCGGCGCUCUGCGGGACGCGCAAGGGCUGCGGCUGCUGCACCCGGAGACGCUGCGCGAAGCCCUCCAGGGCUGUGGGCAGAGCCCUGGCGGCCCGGGCCUGGAUGAAGUCCUGGGGGCCGCGGGGCUGCUGCGGGAGAGCCUCCUGCCCGGUGUUCUGGCACAAUAUGUCAGCUGCUUAGAGCUGGUGAACAAAAGACUGCCCUGUGGCCUUGCUCAGAUUGGAGUGUGCUUUCAUUCUGUUCCAGAAAGUGAACUUUCUGUUUCAGGAAAUGAACAACACAACAAAAACCUGACAAGAAUAGGCGAGAGGACCACGUCUCUGCUUGCCUGGUUUAGUUCUCCUAGAACUGCAGGACAGUGGCUCGAUUACUGGCUACGCCAGAGGCUCCAGUGGUGGAGAAAGUUUGCUGUCGGCCCCUCUAACUUCAGCAGCAGUGACUUUCAGGAUGAAGAAGGCAGAAGAGGAUUUAAGUUACAUUAUAGCUUUCCCUGGGGGACAGAAACAAUAGAAACGUUGAAGAACCUUGGUGAUACUGAACUGUUACAGCUGUAUCCAGGAGAGAGAUCGAAAUUACUUGGCCGAGAUGGAAGGAGGAAUGUCAUCCCUCAUGUUCUGUGUGUGAAUGGGAAUCUGGACCGAGGAGUGUUAGCUUAUCUCUUUGAUUCUCUACAGGUGGUUGAGAAUCCAUUAACAGCAAAGAAAAAUUCUCAGAGAAAGGUACUUAAGCUUCAUCCUUGCUUAGCACCCCUUAAAGUGGCCUUGGAUGUAGGAAAAGGUCCAACAACAGAGCUGAGGCAGGUUUGUCAAGGAUUGUUCAAUGAGCUGACAGAAAAUGGAAUUUCUGUAUGGCCAGGUUAUCUGGAAACUGUGCACGUGUCUCUGGAACAUCUUUAUACAAAGUAUGAUGAGAUGAGUAUUCCCUUCAUGGUCUUGAUAAGUGAUGGCACUCUAGAGAAUGGAGUGGUCCAGCUGAGAAGCAGAGACACCACCAUGAAGGAAAUGAUGCACAUUUCCAGGCUGAAGGACUUUCUAACUAAGUACGUUACAUCAGCCAAAAAUGUGUAAACUCAAACUUGUUGAAUAGAAGGAUUUUCUUGGACAUCUUUGCCUGAAUUGGUUUCAGCAUUGUCAUGGACUCAGUGGUUUCUCUGCAAACAGUUCUGUGAAAACUUGGUGGUGCAUCUGUUUCCUUUCACAUUUGGGUCUUCCAGGUUGCCUUGGAAAAAGGGAAGAGAAAAACUUGUCCCUUGUUAGCAAGACUGACCAUAUUCUUGUUCAUGUCUUUGGUUUUAAUAUCAUGACAGUGCUCCAUCCUAAAUUAAAAAUUCAGCUUUCCUCAAAUUUCAAAAUUGUGAUCUUUGCUGGAAAAUGGUAUUUUAUAUUAAAGACUUCCAAAUCUUAAAUAUUUUAAUAACAUCAGUAUCUUCUCUCUGUAUUUUGUUCUUUUAUAAUUUUUAUGUUGGGUGUCAGCAAAGUCUCCCAGUGCUGCCUGGACCACCACCAAUGUUUGAUGGAAUGGCAGGAAAAGAUUUAUUAUUAACAGCUAUCUUUGUACUGUUUGUAGGAAUGUGUCACAUGGCUUCAGUUCUUAAACAUGUAAGCUACUUCAUCUUGCACUUGAUAAACAUAAAAAAAUCAGAAAUAUAUUACCAAGA